CAAAAAAACCCACCGUGCUGCAUCUUCGGUGUCUCCGGAAACUGCGGGAUCGGUUCGAAGGACCUGACCGGCUUCUGCUUAUCUCUCUCUCUCGCGGGAAGCGAGUGAGUAUUCCCUGCUGCAAUCGAAGGCGAAGAGUACAAAAAGCUCGAGGUAACCUGUCCAUCGGCUUCUCAGGCUUAUCACCGCUGCGUCUUCUUCCCGUGAAUAAUCGUUGGCAAAUGUUAGCGUGAUCGAGCCUUGUCCCUGGCUCUCCUCCGGAUUUUCUUUACCGAGAUUGAAGCUGCGUCGCAAUGGCCGACGAAGAGUCUACUCUUCCUUCCCAUCGCCGAGACGGAAUCAAGUCCUCAGUUCACAAUAUAGCAGCACAACGAAGACGGAAGCAUGCUAUUACGUUGGGGAAAGAAAGAAGAGAAGUGCUGAUACGCACAAAACGCAUGUGUAUAGAAGGGCUUGCUAAUUAUAAUGAAGAAUCUUUGGAGGCUAAUAUGUUGAUUGAUGAAGAGAAAGCAGCAUUAGAUACCCAGACUUCUAAAAUUGUAGAAGACCUAAAAUCUGCUCUAGGGCUUCAAGGAAAAGUUCCUACAGAGAAAAAGGUUGAUAUGCUUCGUGCCUUGAGACAUCUUCUUUCGAAGACUGAAUUUCCUCCAAUUGAUGCAGCUAUCAGAGCUGAUGUUAUUCCUGCCCUUGUUCAGUGUUUGUCUUUUGGAUCUGAAGAUGAUCAGUUGCUUGAGGCAGCUUGGUGCCUUACCAACAUUGCAGCUGGUGAGUCAGAAGAAACUAAAUCAUUACUACCAUCACUGCCGUUACUAAUUGCUCAUCUUGGAGAGAAGAGUUCUUUGCCUGUUGCUGAGCAAUGUGCAUGGGCAUUGGGGAAUGUUGCUGGUGAAGGAGAGGAACUGCGAAACAUUUUACUUGCACAAGGAGCUUUAAUACCACUUGCUCGUUUAAUGGUCUCUGAUAAAGGAUCAAUGGCACAAACAGCUGCUUGGGCAUUGUCAAAUCUUAUUAAGGGACCUGAUUCAAGGGCUGCAACUGAUUUGAUUAAAGUUGUUGGCACGCUAGAUGCAAUAAAACGACAUUUACAGAUGGGGGAUAAUGAAUUAGCAACAGAAGUAGCAUGGGUUGUCGUUUAUCUGGCAGCACUUUCAGAAUAUGCCCUUCAUGUGCUAGCAAAAAGUGAAGUGGUUCCACUUUUAAUUGGAAGGUUAGCAGCGUCAGACAAUUUGCAACUGCUCAUUCCGGUACUUCGCAGCCUGGGUAAUCUUAUAGCUGGUGCGGAUUACGUGAUUAGUGCUGUUCUCAUCGUUGGGCAGGACAUCACAGAUCGAGCUAUAUCAGCUUUAGUCAAGUGCUUGAAGAGUGAAAACCGUGCAUUGAAAAAGGAGGCCGCCUGGGUGCUCUCUAACAUAUCAGCAGGAUCAUUGCAGCACAAGGAGUUGGUGUUUUCGAGUGAGGCUGCUUCCUUUUUGCUAGAUCUUCUUUCAUCUGCACCAUUUGACAUCAGGAAGGAAGCGGCAUUUGUCUUAGGCAACCUUUGUGUUAGCCCUGGAGAUGGUGUUCGGCAGCCAGAUAUUAUUGUCAACCAUUUAGUUUCACUUGUCAACAAAGGUUGCCUUCCAGGGUUUUUAAACCUGGUUAGAUCUCCUGAUGUUGAGGCUGCAAGGUUGGGUCUUCAAUUCCUGGAACUGGUCAUGCGGGGAAUGCCCAAUGGAGAAGGUCCAAAGCUUGUUGAAUUGGAGGAUGGGAUUGACGCCAUGGAAAGGUUUCAAUUUCAUGAGAAUGAUGAGAUGAGGAUUAUGGCUAACACACUUGUUGACAAGUACUUUGGCGAGGAUUAUGGUCUUGAUGAAUGAUAUACUGCAUGAGUGGUUUUCUUCUAAUUCUGUUCAUUUGUAAAUCUUCUGGGAGAUCAUCCAGUCUUUUUUGCACAAAAACUUGUGUAGAAAUUCUAAUGAUUAUUCGUAAGUUUGGAUCAAAUCUGAGGCACCUGCUGUAUGCUUUUAAUUGAUUAAUCUAAAGUACUUGCUUGCAUUAACUAA